UCACUUCCUCUCCGACGGAGAAUAAGUACCCACCGCUUGAAGAAGAAGAAGACGACGAUUCAUAAACACACACUGACCUCUCAAUCUCGCGGAAGAAGAUGGUGAGGAUCAUUCCCAUGGCGGCUUCCUCAAUCCGACCUUCCCUUGGCUGCUUCUCCUCUUCAUCUUCUCGCUUCCCCGUUUCCUACCUCUCCAGAAACCUCUCUCGCACUCUCCAUGUUCCUCAAUCACAGCUUUUUGGUUUCAAUACACAUAAGCUUUUGAGAAGAAAUGUAAACUGUUUAGGAGUGGCUGAAUCUGGUAAAGCAGAGCAAGCGAGCACUGCUACUAGUCAAGAUGAUCUUCUCACCUGGGUUAAAAAUGACAAGAGGAGAAUGCUUCAUGUUGUUUACCGUGUUGGCGAUUUGGACAGGACGAUAAAAUUUUACACUGAAUGUCUUGGAAUGAAGCUUCUACGCAAGCGUGAUAUACCAGAAGAAAAAUAUACUAAUGCUUUCCUUGGUUAUGGUCCUGAAGAUUCACACUUUGUGAUUGAGCUCACUUAUAAUUAUGGAGUUGACAAGUAUGACGUUGGUGCUGGUUUUGGUCACUUUGGUAUUGCUGUUGACGAUGUGGCGAAAACUGUAGAGCUUGUGAAAGCCAAAGGGGGCAAAGUAUCCCGGGAGCCUGGUCCUGUCAAAGGUGGGAAAACUGUAAUCGCAUUCAUUGAAGAUCCUGAUGGUUACAAAUUUGAACUCUUGGAAAGAGGUCCUACACCAGAACCUCUUUGCCAAGUUAUGCUCCGUGUUGGUGAUCUCGAUAGGGCCAUUAAGUUCUAUGAGAAGGCCUUUGGAAUGGAACUUCUGCGAACAAGAGACAACCCUGAGUACAAGUACACAAUAGCCAUGAUGGGAUAUGGCCCAGAAGAUAAAUUUCCUGUCCUAGAGCUGACAUAUAACUAUGGUGUCACUGAAUAUGAUAAAGGAAAUGCUUAUGCUCAGAUUGCAAUUGGGACGGAUGAUGUGUACAAAACUGCAGAAGCUAUAAAAGUCUUUGGGGGAAAAAUCACAAGGGAACCUGGUCCCUUACCGGGUAUAAGCACAAAGAUCACCGCGUGUCUAGAUCCUGAUGGUUGGAAAUCGGUGUUUGUGGACAACAUUGACUUUCUCAAGGAACUUGAGUGAGAGGAGAAUGGAGAAAGGAGAAGAGAGGCAACAAAUGCACGACAAUGACUUAUGAGGGAGACAAGAAGGGAGGCCUUGCUGUGUUACAUCAGUUUGGGGUUUGAUAUAAUAUCUCUCGGUGCUGAGUAUAUUAUUCAAAGUGAAUGAUUUGUUUUUUUUGGAAUCUAGUAUUCUAGACUUCUAGUGUAGUUGUUUUACAGGAUAAGCCCCUUAUUGCUUCUUUGUAUAUGAGUUCCACUUAACAUCAAUUGCCAUUAAAUAAGAUGAUAAGUGCAUUUAUAAACAAGAAAAAAUCCAUCUAUCCAAA